AUGCGAAACAUAUUGCCGGGAAUUCAAACGAAACGAUACAUUGGAAAAGCAAAUGACUGGAAAGACUGCAGCUUCUGUUCAAAUGGCGGAAUUGGUUGUGCACUUGUUGGACUAGGCCCGUGUCUAGUUCUUUUCCUUUUUACAAUAGUCAGUAGUCCUAUAAAAGUUAUUCUCCUUACAGCAAGUGGCUUUUUCUGGUUACUAUCAUUACUCACAACAUCACUGAUAUGGUUUAUUGCUACUCCUCUUCGUGGAUACCUUGCAUUUGGAAUUCUUAUCGGUGUAUUAGUACAAGAAGUGCUAAGAUUUCUCUUCUUUUUAUUAAUUAUUAAAGCUGAAUCCGGUCUUCAAAUCAUUGUCAGUAGUUCAAAUCCCCGAAGGUCACAGCCUUCUUCACGAAGACAAUCUCAUCUGUGUGAAAAUAUUACCAUUAGUAAUAUUAAUACUACUACUGCUAAUAAUAACAAUAAUAAUGAUAACACCACUGAAGGUGAAACAAUAGAUCUAUUAAGAAAUAGAGUCAUAUCACCAACUCCUUGUAUAACAUCCGUUGCUAAUGAUCCUGCAGGCGAUACCAAUAGUCAUAACAAUAAUAAUGAUGGCAAUUGUAAUUGCAGUGUUGCUGGCAGUCGUCUAGCCCUUGAUCAUCAUAUCAUCGCAUAUGUAUCCGGUUUAGGCUACGGGUUAAUGAGUUGUAUAACUCAACUGCUACGUAUAUUGAUUGAUUCCUUUGGACCUGGAAUUUUAAUGCAUACCACAUGGGAUUCGAAAACAUUCUUCCUGACAGCAUCAUUUGAUGUUAUGUGUAUGUCAAUGCUUCAAGUAUUCUGGUCCCUGAUACUAUUCAAUGCUUUCUUGCAUCGAUUAUAUGGACAAAUUAUUUUUGUAUACAUAAUGCAUAUGGGAUUAGCUGCUUUAUCAUUGAUGAAUUCGUUUACCACGCCAUUCCCAGAAUUGGUUUGUACAAUGUAUGCCAUUUCAUUAGUUGGAAUAAUUGCAUUCUCAUAUAUUCAAUUUCAUAAAGGAUCAUCUACUUAG